UCCUGCGGCAGGCGUGCGAGCCUUGGCACCGGCUGCAGCAGAGAGGAAGCCGGGCAGGGCAAGGGGCGCCUGGGGGCGGGAGCUGCCUCCUUGGGGAUCGGGGGGGCCGAUGCUGGAGGGGAGCUGGGCUUUGACCGGCAGCAGCACCGCCCGCACGUCCUCCCUGCCUUGACUCUCUGGGCAGCCGAGUUACGUGUGGAAGCAAGCCAGGCUGCGGAGAGGGGUCACCAUUAAGUGUUGGAUUAUGCGGAUGGGGAAGAAGCGAUCUCCUGCUGCGGACCUGGACGGGGGAGAAGUUGCUGGGAACAGGAGGUACGUGUUUCUGGGGAGUCUCCUCCACGAGUUUUUGAAAGCAGAAACUUUUCUGAAGUUGAAGUAUGAGAUCAUCCCUUUGCCCUUGUCUCUGACGUGGACAUCUUCCUCCGGCACCUUCCUAUAUCGUUGCUGCCUGAUAUAGGUGCACAGCUGAAGUGGGCGUGCGAGGCAAGCGGGUACAGAUAAAAAGUCACCAAGGGCCACUUACAGGGUGCUGGUCGGUGCCGAAGGAAAGCAUCCAAACGCUGUUCCACAAGACACACGGUGCCGUGACGAGCCCGUGGGCGUCUCUUUUCGUCCCUUCCCCGCUGCUUGGGCAUCAGCACGGGCGAAGAGCUGCUUACCGCUGUCACCAUGGGGUCCCGGAGAACAAGCCCUUUGGAGUUGUUCUUCUUCCUGCAGACGGCAGUUGGAGUGAUGGGCGCCCUGCCUUGCAACAAGAAAUAUUUUGGCCACGACUCCAUCGUGUGUGUCUGCAACCGCACCUACUGCGACACGCAGGACCCCGUCUCUCUCCCACGCCCGGGCUUCUUCGUCAAGUAUGAGAGCAGCAAGUCUGGUGCGCGGCUGGAGCGCAGUGAAGGGAAGUUCCAGGACUCGCCGUUCACCCCAGAUUUCGUCUUGACUCUGGAUACGUCGAAGCGGUUUCAGAGGAUUAAGGGUUUUGGCGGCGCUCUCACCGAUUCGGCCGCCAUAAAUAUCCUCUCCCUGACCCCGGAUGCUCAGAAGAACUUGCUCCGGUCCUACUUCUCGGAUGAAGGGAUUGAGUACAACUUGCUGCGUAUGCCCAUGAGCAGCUGCGACUUCUCCGUGCGUCCUUAUAGUUACGACGACUGGCCGUACGACUAUGAGCUGAAGAAUUUCAGCUUGGUUGAUGAGGACAUCAAAAUGAAAAUCCCUCUUGUCCACCGUGCCCUGGCCUUGUCUAAGAAACCCAUCUCCUUGUACGCCAGCCCGUGGUCUCCUCCCGUCUGGAUGAAAACGAACGAAGACUGGAAGGGGAAGGGGUCCCUCAAGGGGAAGGCAGGAGACCGGUACCACAAGACAUGGGCCAACUACUUCGUCAGGUUCCUCGACGAAUACGCCAAGCACAACCUGACCUUCUGGGCCGUGACAGCUGAGAACGAACCGAAUGCUGGGCUGAUCGCCAACUACCCCUUCCAGUGCUUGGGCUUCACCGCCGAGGAGCAGCGCGACUUCAUUGAGCUGGAUCUGGGCCCUGCCCUGGCAAACAGCUCGCAUAAGGACAUCAGGCUCAUCAUUCUGGACGACAACCGGAUCCAUCUGCCCCACUGGGCCAAAGUGGUCCUGAGUGAGGACAGUAAGGCGUAUCGGUAUGUCCACGGCAUUGGCGUCCACUGGUACAUGGACUUCAUCGCCCCCAUCGAUAAAACGGUGGGCGCCACCCACGAGCUCUACCCUGACUACUUCCUGCUCGCCACCGAAGCGUGUGCCGGAUCGCAUUUCUGGGAGAAAGACGUGGUGCUUGGUUCGUGGGACCGGGGUGUCCAGUACAGCCACAGUAUCCUGGCGAACCUGAACCAGCACGUCGUGGGCUGGACCGACUGGAACCUGGCCCUGGACCUGGAAGGCGGCCCCAACUGGGUCCAGAACUUCGUGGACAGCCCCGUCAUCGUGGACGCCGGCUACGACGUCUUCUACAAGCAGCCCAUGUUCUACCACAUGGCGCACUUCAGCAAGUUCAUUCCAGAGGACUCCCAGCGCGUCGGACUGACCAUCGUGAAAAAAUGCCUCACGUGCAGUUUGGAACAUGUGGCACUGCUUCGCCCUGACGGAUCUGCCGUGGUCGUUGUCCUCAACCAGUCUGGGUCCGACAUUCCCUUCGGAAUUUCCGAUUCGGUGGGGCUGAUCUUGACCCACAUCCCUCCCAACUCCAUCCAGACGUAUCUGUGGACGCGCCAGUGAGGAGCCCAGAGAGGUGCUGUAACACACACAUACACACACACCCUGCCAUCUUCAGGUCCUGUGGCUGUCCUGGUCCAUGUGGAGUUGGCCAGGCCCGGCCGGGCCUACUUGUUUACCCGCCAUUUUGGAGCCCUGCCCUGGAACUGAAUGGCGGCACUUGUGUUCCUGUGAUGCCACACUCUUCUUGGCCGUGUGCCGGGAAGAUGUUUGAGCCUGAAGGGAAGGGGGUUCUCUCAUGUCGGAGGACCGAACAGUCCUUGCUGAGGCCCGUAGCACCCAGAUCUUCGAAUGUGAAGUUGGCCCCACUGGAUGGAGCUCCUAGGAGCCAGUGCUUCCCUUUUUGCCCACUGGGUGGUAGUCUAUGUGUUGUCAGAACUCCGACAUUAUGCCGAAUCGGGCUCCACCAGUUUGUCUCGAUUCGUGGAGACUGCGCGAUCUCCAGUCUUCACAAGUAUCCCCAGCGCCCCGUGCUUAAAUCUGUUUGUCAUCAUUCCCUGAUUUCCCAGACGCGCACCGUUCUUUGUCUCGUUUUGCACCCUUUAUCCUGCGUCUUAUUAUUUAACGUAGUUUUUUUUAGUUAUGCCAGGCAAGGAGUUGUUUAGAGCAGCUACCCUUCUGGCUUUGAAGGUUUCAGUAAGCAUUGCCUAUGUGUUUUCAGGCAUCUUUUGGACCAAAAGGACUAGAAACCUUUCACCUUAACAAAAGAAAUUUAAAUUACCUAAACUCUGAACCCAGUAUUGCUUUCCGUGCCUGCCCUUCAGCACUGGAACAUGCCUGAAACCGAUGCAGAUGAUAUAAUGCAGAUUACGGGCUAAAAGUGCCGUCCCACUCCACCCCCCGAGUCCUUUUAUCUUUUUAAAAGAGGGUCAGUAAGCCUGAGACACACAUCAUGAUAAAAAAGACAAUAAGGAAGUAUAUGAUCAAUCGAUUGAGCCUCCCCAUUCCCCCAAGGGCAAUGGGUUAGCCCAUCUGGUCUGGGGAAACCAGGGUCAAGUAGUCUAUAAAGCACAUUCAGCAACUUUUCAGUGACACGUGGCGGAGCCUUUUCCGUGGUGGUUCCAGGUCUUUGGAACUCCCUGCCCCUUGAUCUUUGGCCUCUUCCCUCCCUAGCUAAUUUUAAACUGAAGUUGAAGAUCUUUUUAUUUCAUCAGGUCUUCUCCUUAGCUCCUGUGUAUAUUGUGCCAUGACUUCAUGAUUGUCUUUUACCCUAUGUGUUUUUGUGAUUGGUUUUACAUCCUGCUGCUUUAUUGUAAUAUAUGGUUUGUUUAAUGCUUUGUUGCAUGCCAUCACAAAUCCAUGCGUGAAGAACAGGGUCGUAUAAAUAUUUUAAAUAAAUAAAUUCACGCCACAUUUCAGGUUUCAA